AUGAGGCUGACGAUGCGCCCGCGAUGGUGGAUUUCCCUUUUGUGCGUCUAUGGAUUGAUGCACGUCGGUCACCAGAGCAGCCCCAAUGCCCAAAAUGGAGACGCCUUGUCGAGCCUGAAGGCUCUUCGUGAUGCGGGCAGGUUUGUCGGGAAGGAGGACACGGUGCCUCUCCGCCUGCUCUACAGCAGGCACAACCACAGCCAGAUCGCGCAGGACGAGCUCAGCACCCGGGUGAAAGCCAGCUCCGGCUCCGCUCAGGUGAACCAUGUGGCCCAAGUAAGCUUUCAAGUCGACGCCUUUGGUAGAAAAUUCAUCUUGGAUGUGGAACUGAAUCAUGAUCUGCUGUCUUCAGGGUAUGUGGAGAGGCAUUUGUCAGAAAAGGGGAGGACUGUCGUCACCAGUGGAGGAGAGCACUGCUACUAUCAGGGGAAGGUCAGAGACAUUCCUCACUCCUUUGUGGCUCUCUCAACCUGUCACGGAUUGCAUGGAAUGUUUUUCGAUGGCAAUCACACCUACAUGAUUGAACCUGGAGGACGGGGCAGCAGCGAUGGAGGGGUCCGCGUUCACAUGAUCUAUAAAUCUGCAGGGCAAGAGGGAUUUAAUGAUCUCCUCAAUGGUGAUCUUCCAGAGCCACCCUUUCCCAGCCCUCCAUUCCCCGGGUCAAAGGUUGUGCACAGGAGAACAAAGAGACAGGCUUCACAUGUGACACGAAGUGUAGAGGAUGAGACCAAGUACAUCGAGUUGAUGGUGAUCAAUGACCAUCUAAUGUACAAGAAGCAUCGGCUUUCCGUUGGGCACACAAAUAACUAUGCUAAGUCAGUGGUCAAUAUGGCUGACAUGAUUUUCAAGGAGCAGCUUAACACCCGUAUUGUGCUGGUUGCCAUGGAAACAUGGUCAGCCGACAACAAGUUCAACAUCGAUGAAGACCCCAUGGUGACGCUGAAGGAGUUCAUGAAGUACCGAAAAGACUUCAUCAAGGAGAAGUGCGACUCUGUGCACCUCUUCUCAGGGAAUCGUUUUCAUAGCAGCUGGGGAGGCGCUUCCUAUAUGGGAGGAGUUUGCUCUCUGACUAAAGGAGGGGGAGUCAACGAGUACGGCAAAACAGACGAGAUGGCCAUCACCCUCGCUCAGUCACUGGGACAGAACAUCGGCAUCUUCUCUGACAAGAAGAGGAUCCUCAAUGGCGAGUGCAAGUGUGAUGAUCGCUGGUCGGGCUGCAUCAUGGAUGAUGUUGGUUUCUACCUGCCCAAGAGGUUCUCUGACUGCAACGUGGAGGAGUACCAUAACUUUCUUAACAGUGGCGGAGGAGCUUGUCUGUUCAACAAACCUCUGAAGCUGUUGGACCCUCCGGUGUGUGGAAAUGGCUUCGUGGAGCCAGGAGAGGAGUGUGACUGUGGCAGCCCAGCGGAGUGUGCCAGAGAGGGAGGGACCUGCUGUAACAAGUGCACCCUGACCCAGGGCUCCAAGUGUAGUGACGGACUCUGCUGCAACAACUGCCAGAUGGAGUUCAUGGGAGUUGUGUGCAGAGAUGCAGUGAAUGACUGCGACAUCCCGGAAAACUGCACAGGCAACUCCAGUCAGUGUCCACAAAAUGUGCACAAGAUGGAUGGCUACACGUGCGAAAAGGACCAGGGUCGCUGCUUCAAUGGAAGGUGCAAAACCAAAGACAGACAGUGCAAGUACAUUUGGGGAGAGAAGGCGACAGCGGCCGACAAGUUUUGCUACGAGAAGUUAAACAUUGAAGGGACGGAGAAAGGCAACUGCGGGAAGGACAAAGACACCUGGAUCCAGUGUAACAAACAGGAUGUUCACUGUGGGUACCUGCUCUGCUCCAACAUCUCACCUGCUCCGCGACUGGGAGAGCUGCAGGGAGGGCUGACCUCUUUCUCAGUAGCCCGACACAGUGCUUCUCUGGACUGCAGCGGUGCUCACGUGCUGAUCGAUGGAGACACCGACCUGGGAUACGUCGAGGAUGGGACGGCCUGCGGGACAGACCGCGUCUGUUUCAAUCACAAGUGUCUCCCCAUCCAGCAGUUCAACUUCAGCACCUGCCCCGGGACCACCGACAAGACCGUCUGCUCUGGACAUGGGGUGUGCAGUAAUGAGCUGAAAUGUGUGUGUUACCUGGGCUGGGCAGGAGAGGACUGUAACUCCACGUCUCCUCUCAGUUAUCUCGUGGUGGGACCCACUGCCUCAGUUUCAGGUAUCACCAGUACCAACAUCAUCGUCGGGGCCAUCAUAGGGUCCAUCCUCUUCCUCGCCCUCAUACUGGCUGUUACAGCCUGGUGUUACAAGAGCUACAAGCAGAGACGCUAUGUUGAGUCUGAGGUUCAACGAAGAUUCUGCCGGCAAAUGCCCCCAGGUGACUAUGUAACAAAGCCUGGGGACGCAGACUCAUUUUACAGUGACAUGCCUCCGGGUGUCAGCACAAACUCCGGCUGCAGCUCCAAGAAGAGGUCAGCUUGCCUGUCGCACCUGCAGAUUUGCACCCUGUCCUUCACCCCCUCCAUCCCAUCCAUUUCUCAGAACAUCUCACUGUUUGGCUUCAGAUCUAACGGCCUCUCCCACUCGUGGAGUGAAAGAAUCCCAGAUGCCAAACACAUCUCGGACAUCUGUGAAAAUGGGCGACCGAGGAGCAACUCGUGGCAAGGAAAUCUAAGUGGUAAUCGUAAGAAACUGAAAGGAAAGAAGUUCCGUGCCCGCUCUAACUCCACAGAGACGCUAUCCCCUGCCAAGUCACCCACUUCCUCUACAGGAUCUAUUGCAUCCAGCAGGAGAUACCCGUACCCCAUGCCCCCUCUCCCAGAUGACCAGAGGAAAGCUAACAGGCAGAGCGCCAGGCUGUGGGAGACUUCAAUAUAACAGCUGCAUUCCCCAUUCAACAAAGGACCUUAAGGAACUACACUUGUCUCUCCUUUUGAAUGAAAACCACAAAAAUGAAAACAAAAUUGACUCAACGUGAUUAAAGAGGAAGAAAGAGAGAGAGAGAGAGAGAGA